GCAGGGCCGCCCGCGGGCCACUGGGGGCCCUCGCUCUGGGGCUUCCCGGGACUCAGGGCCACUUCCCAGGAGGGAGCGGGGCGCCCUGGACCCCAGCUGCAGACCCCUGAAGGGCCAUGAGCCGAGGUGAAGCCCCCCGGGGAAGGGUUGGACACAGAGCUGAGUCCACAGUUGUAAGCUGUGAGCGUCUUCAAAGACAGCCUUGAUUCCUGGGGUUGAGUGUGGUGUUCCCCAUCUCAACAGCCUGGAGCCUAAGAGGGGCUGCGAGGCCCAGCAAUCUGGACCCAGGCCAAGAAGUCAAGAACUGCUGAAGUCCAGGCCUCCACGCUUGUACUGACACGGGCGACCACCCAGCCCCGCCAACCCACAUGGCUCUGUUUUCCUGAUGUAUGAGGACUGCAGCGGGCACCCGAGCUAGCGGGCAGCCGCCGGCGAGGCCAUGGCCAGCACCGCGGUGCAGCUCCUGGGCUUCCUCCUCUGCUUCCUGGGCCUGGCGGGCACGCUCAUCACCACCGUCCUGCCGCACUGGCGCCGCACGGCGCACGUGGGCACCAACAUCCUGACGGCCGUGUCCUACCUGAAGGGGCUGUGGAUGGAGUGCGUGUGGCACAGCACGGGCAUCUACCAGUGCCAGAUCUACCGCUCGCUGCUGGCGCUGCCCCGCGACCUGCAGGCGGCGCGCGCGCUCAUGGUGGUGUCCUGCCUGCUGUCGGGCGCCGCGUGCGCCAGCGCCGUGGUGGGCAUGCAGUGCACGCGCUGCGCCAAAGGCACCCCGGCCAAGACGGCGUGCGCCGCGCUGGGCGGCGCGCUCUUCCUGCUGGCCGGCCUGCUCUGCCUGGUGGCCGUCUCCUGGACCACCCACGACGUGGUGCAGAACUUCUACAACCCGCUGCUGCCCAGCGGCAUGAAGUUCGAGAUCGGGCAGGCCCUCUACCUCGGCUUCAUCGCCUCGGCCCUGUCGCUCAUCGGCGGCACGCUGCUCUGCCUGGCCUGCCAGGAGGAGGCGCCCACCCGGGCCCCGCCUCGGGCCGCGGCGAACCGCGUCGGGGCUCCCGCGCCUGCCUACCGGCCCCCCGACGCCUACAAGGACAAUCGGGCCCCCUCGGCCGUGUCGGCCUCGCACAGCGGGUAUAGGCUGAACGACUAUGUGUGAGUUCCCCCAGCUGGGGGUGGGAGUGGCCUGUCCUCCCCCCGCACCCCACCCUCCGUCGCCCGGAGCGCACCCCGCAACCCCCGAGAAGCUGCGAGGACCGAGCCUGCCCACCGAUGGAUUCAAGGCCCACGUGCACCAGGUUUACUUCUGGACUGCUUUCCUGUCCAAAGGCAUCAGGCUGAAGGACUAUGUGUGAAUCCCGCCCUAGGGGGGGCCUGUCUCCCCACCCACCGUCGUCUGGAGUGCCUCCCCUCCCCACCGCACUAGAGGCUGUGAGGACCUAGCCUGCCCACUGAUGGGUUCAAGACCCACCUGCAGCAGUUUACUGUACCAGGUGAUACUGCACCAGCAUCAUCAGGCUGAAGGAAUAUGUGUGAGUCCCGCCGGGGAAGGGGGUCUGUCUCCCCUCCCCCGCCCCCACCCUGGGGUCUGGAAUGCCCUCCCCCCAAGAGGCUGCAAGGACCUAGCCUGCCCACUGAUGGAUUCAAGGCCCACCCCCCGACCUCCAGCACCUGGUUUACUUCUGACUGCUCUGGUGUCCAAAGGCAUCAUGUGAACCUGAGGAAGGGGGCUUAGAAACGCAGCGAAAGGGGGAAAUAAGAAGAGGAGAAAAGAUCUCCAUACCAAAGGCUUAAAAGUAAUCCUUGCUGGUUUUGUAUUUAUUCUAUGUAUUUAUGUGGUGGUUUAAUGACAGCUGAAUAAAACAGUGACUUGGGA